AUGGACCAGCUGGGAACCCACAACAUGAAUGUAGUGACCUAUGAUGAUGUGCAUGUUGGCUUCACUUGGGAAGAAUGGACUUUGCUGGAUCCUUUCCAGAAGAAUCUCUACAAAGAUGUGAUGCUGGACACCUACUGGAACCUCACUUCUAUAGGGUACAGUUGGAGAGACAAUACUACUGAUGAACAUUUUCAAAGUUCCAGAAGACAUGGAAGGUAUGAAAGAAACCAAACUGGAGAGAAACCUGUAUAUUUUCAAUGUGGUAAAGCCUUUGCAUAUGAGAGUCAUCUUCACAGGCAUGAAAGAACACAUAGUGGGGAGAAAAUCUUUGAAUGUAAUCAGUGUGGUAAAGCCUAUAGUCAUCAGAGUAGUCUUCAGAUGCAUAAAAAAACUCAUACUGGAGAAAAACCCUAUGAAUGUAACCAAUGUGGUAAAGCCUUUGUUCAUCACAAUAUUCUUCAAAGGCAUGAAAGAAUACAUACUGGAGAGAAACCCUAUGAAUGCAAUCAAUGUGGUAAAGCCUUUGUUCAUAACAAUGGUCUUAAAGUACAUAAAAGAAGACAUACUGGAGAGAAACCCUAUGAAUGUAAGCAAUGUGGCAAAGCCUUUGCACAAUAUGGUCAUCUUCAAAGGCAUGAAAGAUCUCAUACUGGAGAGAAACCCUAUGAAUGUAUUCAGUGUGGUAAAGCAUUUGUGCGUCAAAGUCAUCUUGAAAUGCAUAAAAGAACACAUACUGGAGAGAAACCCUAUGAAUGUAUUCAAUGUGGUAAAGCCUUUGCACAACAGAGUAAUUUUCAAGUGCAUGAAAGAACACAUACUGGAGAGAAGCCCUAUGAAUGUAUUCAAUGUGGUAAAGGCUUUGCAAAGCGUGGCAGUCUUCAAAUGCAUGAAAGAACACACAGUGGAGAGAAACCCUAUGAAUGUAUUCAAUGUGGUAAAGCCUUUGCACAGCGUGGUAAUCUUCAAAUGCAUGAAAGAACACACAGUGGGGAGGCAGGAGAGUACUUGAAGCAAGAUGUGGCCAUAGACUUCACCAUAGAGGAAUUGGGUUGCCUGGAGACUGCUGAGAGGCCUUUGCCUGGCAAAGACGAGUUGAAGAACUACACCAACCUGGUCUCUACAGGACAUUCUGUGUCAACACAAGAGCUCUUCACCAAACUUGACCAAAGCAAACAUUCCUGGAAUGAGGCUAUAGAGCAGACAGGAUUUGAAAAACCUGAUCUUGUGUUAUAA